GGGUGAUCGUACUGGGGUCUGCCCGGGGACAUAAAGAUUCCUUAGUUUUAGGGGACAAACAGAUGUCCGAUAGGAUCGAGAUGUGGUCUGAAGGUUCAUCUUUCUGACCAUCUAGAGGACGAUCAAAGGAAGAUAGUCAUCUCAGGACCCUAGAGGGGUCAUUGGGUGUUUUUAGUCUCAGAGUCAGAAAAACAACAAGGGAGUUCCCUUGACAAUAGUUCGCCUGGGUUUCUGGGGUACAGUGCCCAUGCCAUCGACUUUUCUCAGAUUUUCUGGAACAAGGUGGCAGGCAGGAUGGACAAUUUCCAGCUUUGAGGAAGGGGGAUGCUGAGGGCUUUGUUCCACCUGCUCUCUCCCUUGGGGACCAGGCCGGCUGCUCCCUCAGCGCCUGCCUAAAAGUCACUUUUCAAGGUGACCCGGUCAGGUGGUCUUCCCGGUUGUCUCUCCACAGGCACACGGCUUCAGGCCCCUUGGAGGGGGCGAGCCCACUGUUCACUGCUUUCCCCGCCCCUUCCCUGCCCUCCCCGUGUCCUCUGGGCAGCAGGAGGGCACAAGAGCUGUGCCUAGAAGGGAGAGGUGACCGAGCACCCAGGGCCGCCACGCCGGGCAGAUCACGUCCCUCCGAAUAAAACGCUGAUAGCAGGGCCCCUUCAAUAUCUCAAGUCCGCGAAAGGAAAUGUUCAUUUAGAAUCAAUUUUAGGGUGUUUCAGACGGUAAAGUCCUUUUAACUAGAUCUCUGGUGAGGGUGCAGAGGCACUUUAUGGGGCUGUAAAUUCCAGGCGGAGCGGUCUCAGUGCAGUGAACGUCGUCCCAGCACACAAGCUGUUCCUUCCAUACCAGCCGGGGCCCCUGCGAGGAAUGUUGCCCAAAUAUUCUGUAAAUCACCGGCAGGCCCGUGGUAAUGUGAAAUAUGACUUUGAGUCGUCUGUUAGACACAAGAGGAGCACCCGCCUCGCGCCCAUCACCACUAACAUUGGUUAUGGGUAAUAACACUUUCCAUCACAACUAUUUUUGGAAAACGGGUUUAUUUUAGACCUUCCCUCCCCCAAAGGAUACACUGAAAAUACUCUGCCAAGGACACAGCCUCCUACAAACCACAGCCCAUUAAGCCAAUGAGGAAACAGGAACUUUUCCCCUAGUCCUGCCCCUGGAUGAGCUUCUUCAGAGGGAAAAAGGAAAAAGAGGGGACGGGGAUGGCCAGCAAACUAUAUAAGGCCGCACACAUACAUGCAUGUAAGGCACGUGCUUGGUACCCCUUCUCCCACUCUGGGCAUGUUCCUUGCUGAAGGAACCCAUCGUGGGGGGACCCGGGCCUCCAUCUCUUGGUCGCUAGUGCCAGCAGAGACCCUGAGGGUCGGGUAGGCCGGUGACCCCACAGCAUGAAUGGGGCAGCCCUCUGGAGGCCUCAGUGAUGGUAGGAGGACCUUCCAGGGCCCUUGGGUGCCAGGUGGCCUCCGUCCGGCUGACUCACGGGCUUGCCUUCCUUUGGCCACAGGUUUGCUACAGGCCUCAGACUCAUGACCUCUAUCAAGGAGCAGGCGGCCAUCAGCCGGCUUUUGAGCUUUCUCCAAGAGUGGGACAAAGCUGGCAGUGUGGGCAGAAAAAACAUACUGGAGAGGUUCAUCAAACUCAACUCGGGCAAGACGGGCCCAGAACUGGAGCAGGAGUUCUCCCAGGGAGCCAGCUUGUUCCUGAUGCGGCUGACCACGUGGCUGCGGCUCACCUACAUGAAUGGGACAUGCUUAGAAAAGCUGCUGAAGUCCAUCGGCAUCUUCCUCUCCGCUGUAAGCUGUAAUCGGUACCUCGUGGAGUUUCUGGAGGUUGGAGGAGCCUUAACCCUCUUGGAAAUCCUGGGUUUGGAGCAAAUAAAUGAUGUGGAAAAAAAAGAAGCCAUUCUGCUGCUCAAAAUGAUCGUCAGCUGUGGACGGAAAUACAAGGAACUCAUCUGUGAGAGCUACGGCGUGCGGUCCAUUGCAGAAUUUAUGGCAAAGUCCAAGAGUGAAGAGGCCCUGGAGGAGGUGCAGUCCCUGCUGGACUCUUUAGUCCACGGGAACCCCAAGUACCAGCACCAGGUGUAUAAAGGCCUGAUUGCCCUGAUGCCUUGUAACUCCCCCAAAGCCCAGCAGCUGGCACUUCAGACACUCAGGGUAGCCCAGUCCAUCGUGGGGCAGGUGCACCCUACUAUAGUGGAGUUCCUCCUGGGGACGCUGCGCACCAUGCACCUGGAAGUCCAGUAUGAAGCCAUAGAGCUGAUCAAAGACCUCAUCAACACUGAAAUUCGGACUAAUCUGCUUCAAGGCCUUGUGGACCUGCUGAAACCAUCUGCUAAAGAUAUCAGCAAAUUUCAGCCCAAGAUCUUAGAAGACCCAUCAGUAUUCCAGGUCUCUGCCCACCUCCCUGUGUUUUUGCAGCAAGCUGCUGCUGCUAAGGCCAUUGGGAUCUUAGCUCGAGGAUCCAUGGCCAUAGCAGAAGAACUGUUGCACAUGCGGGUGAUCAAUAACCUGAUAUACGCCAUGGGCAACCAGGACCACAGCAAUGGGCAACGCCUGGCCAGCCUCACUUUGGAGUAUUUUGUCCAGACAUUUCCUGUUGUGGAAGAGCAUGUGCACAAGGCCCUGGGGGAUACUCUGUUCAAUCUUUUCAUGAGCAAUGCGGAGGAAUUGUACAUAAAUAUGGAUAGCAUCCAAGCUGAUAUCCUGGUCUCCAACAAGAUCGACAUCUCCAAUGCUUUAGGUGUCAUCACUUCCAAAUUCUCCCUGAGUAUGUGGAAUGAGUGGGAAGACUUCAAGUCUGACGAUGAAAUUGAUGAGGAAGGGGAGACAGCUAAGAAGGAUGUACCCCAGGUGUAGUUCCAUCCCUCUUCCCUACCUCUGACCUUGAAUCCCCCAUCCCUAACUGCUGGUGGUCCACCAAGCUUGGGAAAGGGGAGGCCAUUGAGGAUAAGGAGGUGUAGAAGCAGCUAUGGGAAUGGGGGAAAAAGAGGCCCUUGACCAUGGUGGGGGGAGAGGCUUGGCUGCCUCCCCAGCUCCACCUCCCACCUCUGUAUAUCUGAGGGGUGUAAGACUAAGACCAAUGUAUGGAGCCAAGUCUAAUAAACAGAAUGUCCUUUCUUA